AUGUACUCUGGAACCCCUUCUCCCGCCUCCUCUGGGCCGGGCCCUGGGGUAGGGUCGUGUGCAAUGCCUGGAGGAGGUGCUGGCAUGCCAACGACUUCUCCCUUGGGCCCCCCUGUUUGUUCAGGGGUGCCUCCAGCCCCUCCGACGCCGCCAGGCCCGCCGGGCCCCCCCGGUGUCCCAGAGGGGACCCCAUGCGAGGCGCCUCCUCCGCCACCGCCGCCUCCUCCCCCUGUGAGGCCGCGGGGCUUGCAGAGGCCGCUGAAAGAAGGAGACUGGGAGUGCUCAGACCCAGCGUGUUUAAAUGUGAAUUUCUCAAAGAGGACACGGUGCAACCGAUGCGGGAAACCUCGACCAAAAGGAGUGGGUGGUGCGGUGGGGGCCCCUGGAGGGGCUCCCGUGCGGCAAGGCGACUGGAGCUGCGGCCACUGCGGGAAUCUUAACUGGGCCCGACGGUCCAGCUGCAAUAUCUGUAAUGCCCCCAAACCCUCUGCCUUCGACGAACCACGUAUGGGGAGGGGAGGAGGCCACUUCGACUUGCAAGAUCCUAAUGAUAGGCGUGAACACGAUUCGGAUGAAGAGACAUUCGAUGAAUUUGGCCGGAAAAAGAGACACAAGGCCCCACGGCAGCAGCCUCAGCAACAGCAGCAGCAACUGCAACAGCAGCAACAGCAGCAGCAGAAGGCCGGAGAAGAGGAAACGAUCAAACUUGUCUUUCCCCCAGCGCCUAUUCGACUCCCAGAGAGCGACGAAAGUGAAGAGUCCGAUGGAGAGGAGCCACGACCCCGCUCCUCUAGCCCCGAUUGGAAAAGACGAUCCCGCUCACGGGAACGACGAUCUCGAUCCCGCGAACGGCGAUCACGAUCCCGAGAAAGAAGAUCUCGAUCCCGAGAAAGAAGAUCUCGAUCCCGAGAAAGAAGACACAGGCAUUCCCGAUCGAGAGAAAGGGACAGCAGGCGUUCGCGAUCCCACGAGAGGUCUAGGAGGUGA